AUGAUUGCGGAUUUGUUCGAUCUGCUCGAGAACUACGAUGAUAUCCGAGUGACACCAUGGGCCGGCAUACGACUUGGCAAUUCAUCAGCCAGCGGCCCGGAUUUCAAGCCGGAUUUGGAGCUGGAAUUUCGACUCGAUGGGACCUAUCAUUCGGAAUUCGCGCAGGUAUUUGCGCUAUUUCCGGAAGCCGCGGCUAUUGCUUAUAAUAUGAGCCAAACGGAAAUACACGCAACAAACAACCCCGAACGUUUUUCCGUGGAGAGGAGCCUGCGGAGCAUCCGAUUUCGCGGGGAAACGCGCUGGGGGAAGCUGGUGGUAAGGCCAGAGCGAACGGACUCGGUGUGGAUCCAUAGGUCGUAUGGGAUACGCGAUGGAUAUGAGCAGAUAACUCUGCCCGUCGAGUUGAACUGCGCGCUGCAUCUGCGAUUCUGGAAUUUUUCGAAACUCUCGGUGGAAGACUCAAGAAUCCCCGUCUACGAUCCGCUACUUCAAAGCCCGAAAAACCGACGUUCGCAUCGUCCACUCUUCACCGAACAUGAUUUGGAACAUAUCCAGGAAGGGUUUAGCGAGAUCACCGGCGAACUCUCUGAAAUCUACGAGUGUCUACCAAAAAUUCUCGAUCUACUACCCGCCGAUAGAAAAAUGCUACGAUCGCAUCUUCGACAAUGGCCAGGCACACGCCACUUGCAAGGGCCCCGAAAUGUG